AUGGGCACGACGUACUCAACUUGGGCUGCUGACUCUACUAUUGCCCGUGGACAAGGAAACGGUCUCAACGCUAGCGGUGAUCCUGUUGUGACAUACGAGCAUGGCGAGUUGCAAUGGGCUCUUAGGCUCUUGUACGACAAGACGGGCAACAAGAGCUACUACGAUUAUAUUGUCGAAGGUAUCGACAACAUUUUGUAUGAAAACGGAUCUUCUUCGGUUAGCGCCAGCGAGUAUUCACUCGACUACAUACCCCCUGGGCGCUCGUUUUUGUACCUGUACAACCAAAUAGGCGACGAGCGGUACAAAGUAGGGGCUGAUGAUUUCCGUGCUCAACUUGAGACCCAACCUCGCACGCCAGAGGGACAAUUCUGGCACAAAGGAGCGUACCCAGAACAAGGGUGGCUUGACGGGAUCUACAUGGGCGACGUUUUCUAUGCAACCUACACUGCCGCAUUUCAACCCACAAACCGGUCGGCUUGGGUUCAUCGAACAAUACAGUCACUGCAUCCAAUUGCGUCAAGCACCAACAGGAUGGGCACCCCUAACCGCGGGCACUCCCCCGAGGUGUGGGACCGCGCGGUCGGGUGGUACCUCGCCCCGCAGACGGAUGAGACAUUCUUCCUGCGCACGACGAUCCAGUCCCAGCUGCAGAUCCUCGCGCGCCACCUCGUAACGGCGGCGGAUAGCGAGAGUGGCCCCGGCCGUGCAGGGAACUACUUCGAGAGCUCCGGUGCGAGUAUGUACAUAUACGCGCUCCUGAAGGGCGUGCGCUUGAGCUACCUCGACGAUGCGGAUGGCUUGCUUGUUGCCGCCGCGACGAAGGCGUACGAGUAUGCGACGGCCAACUGGGUGAUACCACAGCCAGACGGGACGAUGGACUGGAACAAUACGGUGGUUGUCGGCAGUCUUGAACCAGGGAACGACUACGAGUAUUACAUUAGCGAGCCCAUCGACACGAACGAUCUGAAAGGGCUUGCAGCGUUUAUUCUCGCUAGCUUGGAGUACGAGACGCUGGCUUAG